AUGCCCUCACAGGGGGAAGGAGUGAGGCUCGGUGCUGGCGGAAAGGAUGCUGGCCAGAAGAAGACCGCAGACAAGAAAGAUGGGCGGCGAAUGUCUUUUCAAAAACCUAGAGGGACUAUUGAAUAUUCUGUGGAAUCAAGAGAUACUUUAAACAGUAUUGCCUUGAAAUUUGAUACUACACCAAAUGAACUGGUUCAGUUAAAUAAACUUUUCUCCAGAGCAGUCGUUCCUGGACAGAUUUUGUAUGUUCCUGACCCAGACUACAUUUCUAGUGUGGACAGCUCCCCCUCUCUAAGUCCUAUAAGUCCCCUAUCACCUACAUCUUCCGAAGCAGAGCUUGACAAGGCUACAGUAAAUGAUCCAGAUGGAAUCCAGCGGAAGGAGUCGGCUGCUUCCCCAGCACAUGCAUGUGUUCGUCCUACAAGGGUGGUAUCAUCCACCUCUGAAGAGGAAGAAGCAUUUACAGAGAAGUUUCUGAAAAUUAAUUGCAAGUACAUCACUAAUGGCAAGGGUACGGUCAAUGGUGUGCUGCUAGUGACGCCAAAUAAUAUAAUGUUUGAUCCUCAUAAAAUGGAUCCUCUGGUCCAAGAGAACGGCUGUGAAGAGUAUGGCAUCAUGUGUCCAAUGGAAGAAGUGAUGUCAGCUGCUCUGUAUAAGGAAAUUGUGGACAGCAAAAUUAAGGAUUCAUUAACCAUAGACGUGGAACAGCUCUCUGUAAGGGAACCUUGCCAUUCCAAGAGAGCUACGAAGAGCAAUACAGAUGAAACGGAUUCCAGGAUGCGAGACACAGGCAAUGACAGUGCCAGUACUGCCCCGAGGAGCACAGAGGAGUCUCUUUCAGAAGACGUUUUCACAGAGUCAGAACUCUCUCCAAUACGUGAGGAACUUGUUUCUUCAGAUGAGCUUCGACAAGACAAAUCUUCUGGAGCAUCAUCAGAAUCUGUCCAGACAAUAAACCAGACAAGCGCUGAAUGUUUAACAAUCAUUUCAAACUCAAAUGAAGCUGCCAGUGACUUAAAACGCAGUGCUGAAAUGGUUGCAAAUGUUAAACAGUUUGGUACCCACAGUUUAGGUUCGGAAGGUGAUGAAACAUCUAUAAAGGGGGAAAAAGAACCUAGUGAAAAUACUGCAGGUGUCCUCCAGCAGUCUUUGCAAAGAUCACAUGGUAGUGAAGAGCAUGACAAAGAGGCAGAAGUGGACAAUGAUCAAGAUGCUUCACUGGGAAAUGAACCACAAGGAGAGAGUAAGAUGGGAGAGGAAUGUCCACAUCCUGAAGAUAGCACAGAAUCUCAAAAGAAAGAGACAGCUAGCAAAGGAAGAGUAGUGAGAGAGCGAACGCAAGACUCAGAGACAGAAGUUGAGGAACUCCGCAAACUCUGGAAGACCCACACUAUGCAACAAACCAGACAGCAAAGAGAAAACAUGCACCAGGAUUCACACAAAGAAAUUAGUCAGAAAAUUGUGAAUGUGGGAGAUGGGCAAUUAGAAGGUUCUUCUCUUAUGAAAGAAAAACGACGACAUCGGUCUAACAAGUUUCUGCGUCUCAGGGUUGGAAAACCCAUGAGAAAAACAUUUGUUUCACAAGCAAGUGCAUCAAUGCAACAGUAUGCACAGAGGGAUAAAAACCAUGAGUACUGGUUUGCUGUUCCACAAGAAAGGACAGACCACUUGUAUGUGUUCUUUAUCCAGUGGAGUCCAGAGAUGUAUGCAGAAGAUACUGGAGAAUCUCUUCGGGAGCCUGGAUUUAUAGUGGUUAAAAAGAAGGAAGAGCCUGAAGCUAGUGAGGAAUCUACUACUGAAGAUGCUGCUAAAGAGUGGGAG